UGAUAACGAUAUAUCUCGAUGGUCUAAUUUCGAAAAAUACAGUUGAUAGCCUUUUAAUUUUGCGGUCUGUUCUGUUGUGUAUACAUUUACGUACAUAGGCUGCGGAAGUAUUUACAGCAACGCAAUAAUAUUUAAUUUUUCACCUAUAAAAGUCAGUUGAUGUCCGAAUAAUAAGUUGAAACAAAUGUCUACCAUCAAUAACAACUACAGAGUCGUAAAAAGAGGACACGAUUUAUCAAAGUUUCAAGCAAUUUUACGACAGAAAUGUCAGCAACAAAUGCGAGAGCGAAGAAAUCAGUUGUUCAAUAAGGGACGGGCUAGUAUACUGCCUGCCGAGGAUGUGCAAGAAGCGCUAACGGAAAUAGUUCGUCGGGAAUUUAAGAAGCUCGCCGCCAACGACAAUUCGGAGCUCCCGUGUGCAAUAACAAUAAUCAAUGGCCCAUUAAGUCAAGAUGAGGCUCUUAAAGAAGAGCACGAGAUCAUUGCAGAGCAAGAGCAAUGGUUGAUGCAGGAAUACGAAAGACUGAUGAGGUGCGAAGAACGAAUGUUCGAUGCCCUUGAAGAUGAAGCCAUCUGUCCCAUGUGUCAAAAGUCCUUCCUCGAAGAAAUACCAGACUUUAUAGUGUGCCAUAUGUGUGGUUUGAAAAUUAGAACUGAAAUUAGUCUAACGAAAUUCAAGUGUGAUCUAGAAAUGUAUGUAAAUGUUCAUUCCAGAAAUUGUACCCAAGUUCCUGAUUUUUCUCUAAUAUUCGAUAAAGAUGACACAGCACUGUCACUAUCAUGCUCAACAUGUUUGUGUAAAUUUCUGAUAAAAACUGUUGAAUCACAGUAAGUAUUUAAAAAUAAUGAAAUUCCAUAUGUUAUACAAAAAUCAAGUACAAAACAACAGACUUUUUCAUUCUGAUAUUUUUAUUCACUUUCGUUCAACCGAGAUUUUAAUGUCAAUAAUAUAGUACUGAUCAUUUAUUUUCUCUUUAAUCAGAGAUUAAUACGUACAGAAUAAGUGUCAAUCAAGUUUUUUUAAAACAUUUUUUAUUUAUUAUUCUUCAUUGAAAUCUAAAAAGUCUUUGUCCAAAAAAUUGUAAGAUAAAUCUGUGAUUUCUAAUUACCUAUAAUAAACUUUCUGCAGAAAAAUCGAAUCAAUCAUCAUGACAUACUACAAACAAAAGUAGGUUUAAUUUUAAAAAUAAUAAAAUUACUGCAAUAAAUGUAGUUAAUAUUAAUGUAUUAAUUUAAUUUAAUAAAUCAUGUAUUUUUAUAAACAUAUAUUAUUAUUGUUAAAUUAUGUACAAGUUGGUUAUUUAAAAGGCGAUUCUAUCACAAAUAAUCAUGUAUCAAAUAAAAAUUCAAAUGUUACG